AUGCCCAACAUGGGCGCUCAGGCCUUUCACACGGUGAGUCACGAGACUCUUACAAUAAGUGCCGAAUUCGCCAAGGUCCUUGAUUAUGAAAUCAUCCCUCGAUUGGAACCAGGCACUCAGAUUCAACUCGGUAUCGGAAGAGAUAUCACAGCACUUGAAAGGCUCGCAAUGGAGCGACUGAAGGGCUGGUCAAUGGAGCAAUGGACUGCCGUGUUCGAGAAGGCGGACGCUAUAGUCACACCAACGUUGCCUCUCACAUCAAUCCCAAUACCAGAAGACGCCAAAGCGCACGGCAUCUCCGAUUCCCCACUCUUCGUUCGAAUGAUGCGCUAUAUCUGGCCCACGAACUUCCUCGGGUUUCCCUCUGUCACAGUCCCAAUAGGCUACGAUGCUCAAGGGAUGCCGAUCGGCUUGCUGGUGAUGUGCCCGCAGUGGAAGGAUGAUAAGUGUCUGGCCUUGGCCGAGCAAGUGGAGAAGAUCAUUGCUGAUGAGCGAAGAAGGCCUCAUGAGAACUGGAUAGACAUUCUGAGUUCGAUUGAGAAAUAG